UUCGUAUGAUGUCAACCAACAACCUUGUCUUUAUUGAUGGCGUACUUAAACUUGUUAUGUUUAUGCAUUUAGAUACAAAACUAAUAAUAACAUUUUGAGCAACCAUUUGCAAAAUGUCUUACCGAGAUAUUAGAAAUUUCACAGAAAUGAUGAGAGCUCUGGGUUAUCCUCGAUUAAUAUCUAUGGAGAACUUCAGAACGCCAAAUUUUUCUUUGGUAGCUGAAAUUCUUCAGUGGCUCGUGCUAAGAUAUGAUCCGAGCAGUGACAUUCCAAUGGAUGUAGAUGAAGAGAAUGAUCGAGUUUUGUUUAUCAAGUCUGUUGCUCAGUUUAUGAUGACAAAAGCGCACAUUAAACUCAACACAAAGAGACUGUAUGGAGCUGAUGGCUUAGCUGUUAAGGAGUUGUUAAAAGUUACAUCUGUUUUGUACGAUGCUGCAAUGAAAGUAAAUAAGACAGAUCAGGAUGGACAUGAAAGUUCGUACAUUCCUAUUGAUUUUAAUUCCAAGAUCAGUGGUUUAAAGAUGGCCAGACAAUUAGCAUCUGAAAUUACUGUGAAAGGCUCAAGUUUGCAUCAACUUCUUGGAAGAGAAGUCGAACUAAGACAUAUCAGAAGUAGCAGUAUUGCCAGACCAAUGGACCUCAAUGACAUCGAGACAAACAUUGAAAAGAUGAUGAACGAGACACAAAACGAAGCUGAAAAAAUCAAACAACAGCUCGAAAAUAUAGCGUCGGAUGAAGCGAAUCUCAAUUCGAAGAUCGAGAAACGAAAAUCUGAGUUGGAACGAAACCAAAAGCGGUUGAAGAGUCUUGAAAGUGUUCGGCCCGCAUUUAUGGAUGAGUUUGAAGGGCUAGAGAAAGAAUUGGAGGUUUUAUAUCAAACCUACGUGGAAAAAUAUCGAAAUCUGUCGUAUCUUGAACAUUUGAAUGAUGAGAUGACGAAGACAGAACAAGACAAACUGAACGACUCUGAAAACCCAUUGAAGGUGGCGAUGCGCGUGAGAGAAGAACACGAGAGUUUGAUUCGUGGUAGCCUCGAUAUCAUGGGCAGUGAAAGUGACGAUGAGGAGGACGUUUUGAUUGGUGAUGAGCCUCCCAAAGUUCAAAAUCCUAAAGUUGUUGGAUCAAUGGGAGGAGGAUUAGAUUCAGAAGAUGACGACACAGAUGGUUUAUCAAGCGACAGCGAAGUUGGUGUCGGUGAUGGUCUCCUUGACGAUGACGACAUGAAAGAAGGCAGUCCGCUCAGCGAUAGUGAUGACAAUUUUUAAUGUGUGGUUAUCGAAUCUUUUUACAAUACUUAAAGGGGGAAGUAAAUGAAAGCGAAUGAUGAGUUUCUGUACAUGUUUUUAAUUGUAAAUAUAAUAAUGUAAUCGAA